CCCACUUUGCCAAUGAGACGGGACUUUAAUACUUUAUUCAGCUCUUGUCCCGCUUCUUCCCGUUCCAGCUUUCGAUCUUUAGAGCUACACUUCUCAAGUUUCUCUUUCUUUCCUUCUCUUCUUAUCUUAAGCAAAAUCGAAGUUUGUAGAGCUUCUGAUCCAGUCCAGUCACUCUCGGGCCUACUCUCUGGCCUACAGUCUUUUCACAGCAAUUUCUGGCGAAGUUUAGCCGGAGAAUGGCAUAUAUGUGUGCGGAUAGUGGAAAUCUAAUGGCAAUCGCUCAGCAAGUUAUAAAGCAAAAGCAAGAGCAAGAGCAACAACAGCAACAGCACCUUGGUCUCAAUCAGUUUUCUGUAAACCCUUGGCCCAACACUCACCCUGGCGUUUCCAACUCUACGAAUCUCGGGUACGGGCUUUCGGGACCGGGUUUUACCGACCCGUUUCAGGGAGAUACUGGGGAAGGGUUUCAGUUCCCUAACAUGGGGCAUCAUCAUUCGGGUGGAUUUCGGUUCCCGGAUUUUGGUGGUGCCGCGGGUGGUGAGUUUGACACGGACGAGUGGAUGGAUAGCUUGAUGAACAGUGGGGAUUCAACGGAUAGUUCGAAUUUGCCGUCUGGUUGUGACGUGUGGCAGAACAAUGCUGAUUUUGGUCUCUAUGGUGCCGAUCCGUUUAGUGCUUGCCCGAAUCGUCUCAGCGUGGCGUGUUCUCCGUCGUCCGAUCUGAACCGAGUGAUUUUCUCAACGGAAGAACAGAAAAACCCUAGUUCUCUUCAAGCUCAGCCUCAACUGCCUACGUGGGUCCCAUCCUCUCCACCUCCUCCACCUCAAGUAACCGUUAAAGAAACCAAAACAAGCAGUCCCACUCCACACAAAAACAACGCCGCAGGCGUCUCAUCUGAUUCCCCCGAGUCGGAGUCAGCUCCCCCGCUUUUGAAAGCUUUACUCGACUGUGCCAGAAAAGCUGAGUCGGAACCUGAACGCGCGAUUAAAUUACUGAUUAGACUCAGGGAAUCGGUAUCAGAACGUGGAAAUCCAACUGAAAGAGUGGUUUUUUACUUCACCGAAGCUCUCUAUAGCAGAAUCUCUCUUCAAGCAGAGAAAAGAUUGACUAUGCUUGAGACGACGUCGGAGGACUUCACUCUCUCUUAUAAAGCGUUAAAUGACGCGUGUCCUUACUCGAAGUUCGCUCAUUUAACGGCAAAUCAAGCGAUUCUUGAAGCAACGGAGCCGGCAAGCAAGAUUCACAUAGUGGACUUUGGAAUUGUACAAGGAGUUCAAUGGGCUGCUCUUUUACAAGCUUUAGCGACCCGGUCUGGUGGAAAACCGACCCGAAUCCGUAUCUCGGGUAUACCUGCCCCUGUUUUGGGAUCAUCUCCAGGUCCUUCUCUUUAUGCUACUGGUAACCGUCUAUGUGACUUUGCGAAGCUUCUGGAUUUGAAUUUUGAGUUCGAGCCAAUUCUAACUCCGAUUAAGGAACUAAACGAAUCGAGUUUCCGGGUCGAUGAAGAUGAGGUAUUGGCUGUAAAUUUCAUGCUUCAAUUGUUCAAUUUGUUAGAUGAAACUCCGGUCACUGUAGAAACCGCUCUCCGUUUGGCAAAAUCUUUGAACCCGAAAAUCGUGACGUUGGGUGAGUACGAAGCUAGUUUGAAUGGAGUCGGGUUCGUGACCAGGUUCAAGAACGCAUUGAGGUAUUACUCGGCCAUGUUCGAAUCGUUGGAACCGAACUUGCCUCGUGACUCACAGGAGAGAAUCCAAGUUGAGAGACUAUUACUCGGUCGUAAAAUCGCGGGUAUUAUUGGACCGGAGGAAGCAGAAAACCGAAGGGAACGGAUGGAAGAUAAAGAGCAAUGGAAACUUUUAAUGGAAAGUGCUGGUUUUGAAACGGUAGCUCUCAGCCAUUACGCAAUAAGUCAAGCGAAACUUCUAUUGUGGAAUUAUAAUUACAGCUCUUCGUAUUCACUGAUUGAAUCCCAACCUGGGUUUCUCUCUUUAGCUUGGAACGAGGUGCCUUUGCUCACGGUUUCGUCGUGGCGUUGAUGAUUUCAGGGAUUUUUGGCCAUCAAUGUUGUAAAAUAUUCCACCUGGUAAUUUUUCUCUAGUGUGGAAUGCAACAGAUUUUAUUGUGGGAAGGCUCGGGUUCAGCUCGGUGAAACUGUGGCGAAAUUCACUGAGUGGCGAAAAUUCAAGUGCAAUUGGGAAGCUUUUUAGGGUUAUUUCCAUGGUUAUAUAUAUAUAUAUAUAUUUUUUUUUUUUUUCUUCAUUUUAGUUACGGGUUCUCAUUUUGUUGGGGUUUUUUUCAACAGGUUUGGAACUUUCAGCUUGACAAAAAUUGUAACAUAGGGAAAAUGAAAUUCAAGGAGCAGUACUUUUCCGUAGUUGUUGAGUAGUUUUGUAGUGUGUAUAAACUUGAAACCUUUUUAUAUGUUUUAUUUUUCUUUUCCUAAUUUCAUGUUAAUGUCAAUGUGGACUUGAUUGAGUUCAGUUCCAUUGCAAUAGAAAGUGAAAGCUGAUUUAAUGACUUUUGGAAGUUAUAGUUUCUUGUGCGCUUUGGGUUUUGAACUUGGAAGUCUUGUUCUGGUCUCUGCCUGUCCCCUGAAUCCAAGACCUGUGAAUCUGUCAGCAUUUACUAAUGUUAUCAGGUGAUUGUUUCAUGCCAUGCAGGGUGUAGUAAAAACCAUGAACAAAACGAGUUAAAAAUGUCACUGUUUUUCAGGCACUGUAAAUGGGUGGUUUGAUUGAAACCGAGUCUUAUUUUGAGCUAUGAUUUUCUGUAUUUGGGUGUCUGAA